AUGACCCGGCUACUACCCGUUCUAGUCCUCCUCGCCGCAUUCUCAGGCGCCCAGGCCAUCGCGUCAUCCGGGUCCGCGUCGCUCCCAGACGGCGCCACGUGUUAUCUCGACAGCGCGAGGCGGCCCGUAUACCCCUUCUGCCGCGGCAACAAGCGCAACUGCGUGGUGACUCAGGUGCCCACGACGCCUCAAGCCAAGUACGUCGGCCGCUGCAACUCCACCUACACCAGAGGCUCCUUCUGUCGCUACGCUGGCACGCCAUACGCGGUGGGCACCAAGGGCAUAGAGGGCAACGCGCUGUGCAAGACGUGUGAUUGCACCUACCGGAGGAAAAUGCCGGGCCCCAACCGGGCAGUCUGCUCCUGCUCCUCACUGCCCGCCUGCUACGUCGACUACAACGGGCAGCCCGUGGGAAAGUUUCGCUGCCCAGAAGAGCAAAACAUGUGUGUCAUCACCAAGAUAGGCGGAGGCGGCAAGGAUAAAAAGGGUCUGCCAGUGGACAAGGGCGUGUGCGUGUUCUCUGGCAUCCACGGCAUCUGCGGAGCGGCAGGGCCCAGCUGGGGGCCGAAAUUUUACAUGGCAGGAAUAGCGGGCAUGCCCAAGCCGGGGGACCGUUGUUCCCAGUGCACGUGUGGCGCGACGGGGGGAUUGCUUAAUUGCAAGCGGCUGGCUAACUGCAAGACGCCGCAGAGCUUUGCUAGUGCUUCUGAGCUGGCUAUCGUGCUGCAAAAUGUCUAG